AUGGCCGCCACCGAGAUGAAAGUGUUGCUGAGUACUAAAGAGUAUCUUUUCGUUGCACUGACGCUGACACUAGUACCUAUUGUGCUAGUUGAGCUCUUUGGCGUAGCGCAAAUGCGUGCUACGAUUCCCGAGUUUGAAACAGAUCCAGACAUGCCGCAUAUUAGUGAAUGGCUCAUUGGCAUUGGCUUUGCAUUUCUCAUUAUCGUAUUACGCUUUGCCUUUACGGCUGUAGCUAAACCUAUUGGCCGCUAUGUCCUCUCUCCUACCAAGCGACUACAUGAGGAUCGCGUUGAUCGUUUUGCCAAUGUGCUUUUCAAGUUUACUUACUUCUCUGCCAUCACAGGGGCGGGAUACUACAUUAUGCGGGACGAGAAAUGGUUUCCAUCAGUUCUAGGAGGAAAUGGAUCAAUUGGUGAAGCUCACUUGAUUAUGGAUAACCCCCCAAAAUUUGCCCUUAAGUACUACUACUUUGUGCAACUUGGGUACCAUUUUCACAGUUUGUUAUUUAUGGUGUUUUUCUCACCUAUUCGAAACGACUUUAUCGAGAUGUUACUGCACCAUCUGGUGACUAUUAUUCUCAUUGGAGGUUCAUAUCUUGCAAAUUACUGUGUCAUGGGAGCACUUAUAACUUUUACACACGACAUUGGUGACGUGACAGGCUAUGCCAUCAAGUCAGUUGUGGACACAGGCAAUACGCCGCUGAUCGUUGUCAUGUACUUUGUGCUCCUUCUCUCCUGGGGAUACACGCGGUUGUAUGUGUAUCCAUUUCAUCUGAUAUACAAUGCCAUCUUUGUGAUCCCCGAGGCUAACCCACAUGUGGUCGGUAUCUUCUUGUAUCCGGGCAACGCUCUGCUCUGUAUGCUGAUGGUACUCCACAUUUACUGGUAUGGGCUUUUCCUUGUCAUGGGCUACACGCUGAUCCGUAAGGGUCAGGUAGAAGAUAUCCAGAACAAAUGUGCGGAUCUGGAAGAGGAAGAAGAAACUGCAGCUCUCAAGACACUGGUACCCAUCUCGAUUAAUAAAGUGAAGAACGAGUGA